CGUUCCAGACAUGAUUACAUAUUUCGCCAGUGCCAGCAUCGCCCCCGCGUGUGUGUGUGCGUUUACGUCGCUGUAUAAAGUACACCGCUAUUACACCGCCACGCCCGCUGUCUUCACCACGCUGCAACCGCGCACGGUACAACCUCCGGGCGGUGUACCUUCCCUGCCAGCGCCGGCGAUGUGUGCAAGCGCGCCGCUGGAUACGAGGGACAAUGCCUGACGUGUACGAUCACCCAUCGCGCUAGCGGUCUGUUUUUCACCGAUCGGCCGACCCUACACAGCCGGCGUGCGUACCAUCCGGGUGGCGGUUCCGUGAGAGCGGCAGGUAAAGAAAGGCGAUGAUGGCUCGGAAAAAGAAGAGAGCCACCCUUUGGGACGUCUUGCUGCGGUACCUGUCGGGUCUGGUGUACUUCCUCAGCUGCUUCAACCCUCUCCACUACCUGCCGCAGAGCUUUACUGACGCCAUCAACGGACAGUGGUCCGAGGCUCUACUGGCGCUAUUCCAAACAGAGACGUCCCGUAAGCGCCAGCUGCUCCGAUGGGUGCAGGAGAAGGUGCCCGACAAGCACCCCCGGGACUGGACGGGCUCCUGGUCGGACGGGACGCUGCUUUGCGCCCUGGUGGAGGCGCUGGUCCCCGGGACCUGCCCUCGGUACGACCUGCUCAACCCGUCCCAGGGACUCAACAACGCUCGCCUGGGGCUCAAGCUGGCCGAGCGCAACCUGGGUGUGCCGCAGCUGAUUGCCCCGGAAGAGAUCUCCGACUCCAGACUGCAGUCAUCCGACCGCCUGGCCCGGUACGUCUCCCGCCUCCGCCAAGUGAGCAUGCGCCUGGAGAGCACCAACAGCCAAUCAAAACGCGUCCUGAGCCCCCAGGUGUCGUUAGAGGACACGGUGGUCAGGGACAUCUGUACCGUCAGCGGCAGCGGGCUAACGGUCGCCGAGGUCAACCGGGAGGCCACCUUCAACAUCUUCGCGCGAAGCGCAACCAUUAUCGACUUUGAAGUGCAGAUCAAAGUCCCCACCGGACAAGUGACGUCGGAGAGAGUGCGUCAGAGGGCAGGGCUGAGCGUCGAGACGUUCAACCAGAUUUUCCUGGAACACAAACGCAAACAGGUGACUCGGACCGGUCAGAAGGGCAGACCCAGACCCAGGAGAGAGCAGGACCCUGAUAAAGUCUACCUGGGGUUCGUGUGUACGCACGAGGGGUUCUUCCAAGUGGGGUACACGCCCAAGAAAGCAGGGUUCCACCUCAUCACGGUGCUCUGGAUGGGGAGCCCGGUAGAGGGCUGCCCCUUCAGAGUACGCGUACAGGACUCCUCGUUGGAGCAGAAUAAAAUGGUGCUGUUCAAAGACCAGCAAGAGAUCACGACUCCGAAAACAGUUCGGCGGACUGGAGGCCCGGACAGGGAACCUCCUGAGAGGGUUCAGGUAGAGGUUGCUAAGGAUGACGGGAGAAAAAGGAUCGUCCAAGAGUCGUCUGUGAUCGGCAGUGAAGCCGGCGCGGUGAGUGAGGAUGGCGGGUACGUAGGAGGGACGUACCGGCGAAGAAUCGUGAAGCAGCCCUCGGGAGGUUCCGACUCGAGCUCACAAGAGGCGAACGAGAGGAAGAAAAUUCAGAACCGACAGGGCUCGGGAAAUCAGGAACAGUCCGACUCGGAUGUGUCAGAGGGCGCGUUCCGGAUCCGGAGGCGAGUCAUCCGGCAGGACACAGGCGGGAGCGUCGAUAUUCCGGACCUGGACACACCAGAGACUAAGAAAGGUGGACAGCGGGCGGCCAGGUUGGAACGGCAAAACUCUGCGUCCGGGAUCGUGACGAAGAGGAAGGUUCUGAAUAUCAUCGUGAUGGGAGAAGACAUCAGUGAUGCCUCCCGCCGGGCAAGCAUCUUUAAAAGCAGCAGCUCACAAGGAAGCCUCAUGUCACAGCAAAGCGGCGAUAAAGUGGACCAAACAGGAGACGAGGCCAGAAGUGGACGUUGGAAAGGCGUCAGCACUAGUGUAGAUGACAAGGUUGAGCAGAGUGGCUCAAAGGAAGGCUUUGAGACGCAAGGGAAGAAGAUAGAAGCAGGAGGACAAAAAGAGUUAGACAAAGCCGCAAUCGAAGCGAUGUCCAAGAAGCUGUCGAGUGAAGUUAUUGUAGAUUCGUUUGAGGAGUUAGCGGUGAAGGUGCGGUCGGAAUCGUCAGGAAACGGGAGAAGAGGCGAUUCCAAAGGUGUGGAAGAUGACUCCGUAAAAGUUCGCCGCCGAACACUCGUCAAACAAUCGUCGCUGGUUCCGUACCUGAAGGAGGAAGGACCAUACGUCAUUCCUUCGUGGGUGAAAAAUGCACCCGAGAACUCAAACACAAACAUUAGGGUACCGGAGAACAAACGGCAGAAGCUUGUGCAUCAGUCGUCUCUCAUCCCUUACCUGAAAGAGAACGGGGAUCCUGAGAGCUGCUCUCCCUCAGAAAACUCAGCGGAACGCUCCAAGCGUGAUGAUCAGCUCACAGGUCUACUUACCCAGGCACCAGAUGAAACACACGUCCCUAGAAAGUCUGCCCUAGCUUCACGGCACCGCGUACUCACACGGCAAUCGUCACUGGUACCGUACAUGAAGACCGCAUCGGAGGAAGGACUUACAGCUUCGUCAGAACAGUCGUCUGUCGUGCGGCUACUUCCGGUAACUCCCGAAAUCUCUGUUUAUGCGGAGAGCGUACCAAUGCAGGAAACUCCACAUGAUGGCAAAGCUGAGACUGUAAACAUUCAGUCGACCAACACGACAACUGAUGACCGGAGCAAGACUGAAAAGCGUCCAGUACCCCACCCAUCUCGCCGGUUGGUCAAGCAGUCAUCCCUCAUACCUUACAUGAAACUAGCCAGUGUGAUGUCGGAAGCAACGGAAGAAUCACCAGAAAGUAUCUUAGAAAGUAACACCACCACUGACUCCGGCUUUGGAAGUAAAGAUGUUGAAAAUAUAAAGAUACCGGACGCAGGUUCUGUAGUAAAAGACCUAGCAUCGACUGACACUGAAAACAAGACGAGGGACAAAGAGGAGGACACUCAGUCAACUGAUGGGCUACUGUCGCUGCAGGAGUUCCUCGCUAUGGAACCACCAAAUGUCGUGGGCUUGUCUUCUCAGAAAGGCGAGGGUACGCCCUUAACAGAACCACAAAAAUUAACACUCUUAAGACCAAUUCUAAUAACAGAUGACACCUUAAUGUCUCUUAAGGAGUUUCUGUCCCUUAGCACUUUCGAACAAAUGCAGGCGAUCAACCUUAUGCAGAAAAGCACCAAUCAAACAAAGACUUCAGCAACGGAAGAAUGUACUAGCCUGGACACAACUGCUGAAGGUACCACCGAGGAAACGCUGUUUUCUUUAAAAGAGUUUCUCGAGCUGAGAAUUCAGGAAGGUUCUCUCAAAGAGGCAAACGAUGCUCAGGAAAAGGAAGCAACGAGAGAAGAUUCCGAUGAUGCCCUGAUAACACUCAAAGAAUUCCUGUCCCUUCGUGACAUUGCAGAGCAGAGUCAACCAACGUCAGUCUCCAAAGAGAUCACCCAAACACAACAACAAGCCAAAACAAACAUUUUCAACGGACAACAGGGUGCAGACAACACACUACCAAACGUAGGCUCUGGUCUGACACCUCUAGAGUCAUCCGAAGUAACGGUUGCAGACUCCGGUUGGCAAGACGACAUCCAUAGUUUCCAGAAUCCGUUCGUUACGAAUCUUCUGACGACCAGCAGACCACAGGACGAGUGUCGCCACGAUCAAGAGGACUUACUGACGUCAGACAUGGGUUUGUUAGGCGUCUUUAACGAGAGAAGCGGUUCUAGUACAGAACUACCUUCUGAAAACCAGCCAUCAGGAAACUUUAAUACAGCGAGGCAAGGAGAGAUGGCAAAAGAAAGGGACAUAAAUGUUGUACAUGAUCUGAUUGACGUAGGGCCUGAUGAUGACACAUUGCUGCCUGGGCGAGCUGCUUCGGAUGCUGGCACUACCGGAUCAUCAAAAGCAGAAAGCCAAGGGCAAAUUGGUCAAAGUCGAAGGAAUGGCCAGACUAGAGCCCCCCUCCAGCGACAGUCCUCACUUGUACCGUAUCUCAAACAGGCUGAAGAAGGAGAAACUUCUUUGCUUUUUGCCAAGGAGCCAUUUGGACAUAAAGACAUUGUGUGCGAUGCAAUUUCUGAAGAUGCUGAAGGAAGUUGCAUCGCCGACCGACCGUCGGUGUCAACGCUGGUCAAAAACUGGGAAGAGGUGACUACCAGAAGUGCAGAUGACACCGCAUCAAGACAACAUGACAUGAAUUACAACGCCGGUAAUGGAAGCAAUCUCUUCGCAGCAAGCGGUGGUGCCAUUGCCGGAAGAGCCUCAUUAUUAGAGUCCCCAUUAACUGACCUGGAGACAGUCAUGUUUAGCGCAGACAGGGUGGAUGAGGAAACGUUUUCUAUUGUCGCUGAUGUACAGAUAGAGGGACAACACGGUGGUCACGUGGACGUACUGAACACUAUAAUGGAUCAGCUGAAUCACCUGGACUCUCCCGUGACAGGCGUGAUGUACGAUUCGGACCUGGAGAACAUGGACAUGGACCAGGACUGGAUCAUCAUCGACACAGACCCAGCCGUACAACCCAAGGACAUCAUACCCGUUAAGGCGGACAAGGAGCCGGGUAGAAGGAUGACUGUGCGGUACAGAAGUGAGAUUCUUGUUGACAUAGGGGAGUAUGACCUGGAGAGCCAAGGGAAACUGUUAGCCGCGCAGGAAGAAGCCAAAGUUUUUGCUGACGACGUAGCGUUGAAUGGUGAUGGUGUUGUUAGACAGAAGAGAGAUCAGCACGUGAAAUCAGCGUCAGAGAGAAAGUUGUCCUUCAUGGCAGAUGAUGGGAACUUCCCGUCUCUUUUCGUGACGACUAUAGAUGAUGCGCAGGGCGAUGAGGUCCAAAAUGUUACGGAAAAAGACGCGGGCAGCAGUCAGACAGAAUAUUUUGGAGCGGAUGCGAAAACUCAUUCACCAUCACCAUCAUCACUGCUGAUGCUCGCUCCAAAUACCGGAACCGGAUAUGAUGUAACAGGCGAAGGUGAGGAAGUGUCGUGCCAUUGGAGCGUUAUGUCGGCAGAGCCGACCAAUAGGAACACCGCCAUCCAGUUCAAACCUACUGGAAACUCAGCUGCCUUUCUGCCACCCAAAGCCGUGCAAUUCCAAAGCAUUUCUCAACUAGAAAGGGUACAACCAGGCAUGGUGUACCGGAACUCACUGACACUGGAGGUUAACCAAGACCCAGAAAACAGCCCUCAGCAGCCUGUAGAAAACCUCAUGCUCACAGAACCGGACAGAAAUGGAAGAAGGCGAAGACCGAUCCGGGAAUCCUUCCGGAGAGCUGUGGUGGAUAAAGAGGAUGAAAGCCCGGACGGCUCGACUCACGUGCUGGUCAGUGAUUGUAUCGAGGAAGACGCUUUAAACUCUGGUUUUGUAGACACAUUUUCCGUCCGGCCGGCCGCUAGGGUUGACUGUUCACACAAGUCCCUUCAGGUCCACUCGCACCAGAUCCGGAAGGAGACCGGGUACCAGGACAGUACCCGGGAGGACAUGAGGAGAAGGCACGGGGCUAUGGGCGGAGUCAGCAGCAUACGGAACCUCCUUCGCUCGGUGGACGAAAAGGUGUCGGAGCUUUCCGACAUUGCCAGCGAAGUCAUGCACAACUCCUCCCAGCACAGGAACUCUCUAGCCGAGGCGCUUCGCGCUGCAGCGAGGAAAACUUCGGGCGAACUCGGGCCCUUCGACGACGACACAGCCCGGAAGACAACACGGCAGUCCACCGACGAUAGCGGCAUAUCCGACGUGACGAUCUACGUGGACGGGAAGGGGCCUUACACGUGGCAGGAAAGACACAACAUUUCCUCCUUGGAAGACAGAAUCCCUUAUUGGCUGCUUGACGACAAUGAGUCGGAUUCCAGUUAUUCUACCGGUGGGCUCCGCAUCCCGAAUGAGUCCGAGCGGGCCUCUAAAAGUGACUCGGAGUGCGUGACGCGUCGUCCCGAUAGGGCAGGCACCCCCGACGUCGGAGACGACUGCCGAAGACGGAGCAAUGCUUCACUGCCGGACACGGAGAGCAUGCACGAUUUCACCGUUCAACUCACGAACGACGGUACGUUCGCUAACAUGAGGACGGCGCUUCCUCGUGUCCUCCCCGGCGAGUCCGCCUCGCUGCAGGCCAGUCGGCAGAGCUGGGCAGGUUUCCCUCACAGCUUCCCGAGACGGGCGGUCUUCUCGCCGGGAGGGGACGGCUACGAGGCCGGAGACGAACCCAACGAGGAGGACGAGGGUGACGCCGGGACCAGGAAGGCGGUCGGGCGGAGCAGAUCGCGUGUUCUCGCCGGCAGGAUCCUGGCGUUCGGCCCGGGGCUGGACCACGGCUUCGUCGGAGCCAAGAACAACUUUCAGGUAUCAACUAGGAAUGCUGGGAACGGCGCUCUAAACGUGUCCCUUGUGGGUCCCCGCAAGAACACCGUGGCGGAAGUCAACGUCAUCUACACCGGAGAUGACCUGUACGAGGUCAUCUAUGACGUCACGCAGCCCGGAUAUUACGUCCUCAGCGUCAAGUGGAUGGACAGGAACGUUCCCGAUAGUCCGUUUAUUGUGAAGAUUCACGAGGAAUGGUCUGUUCCAAAUAUACCGAUCCCGAGGUGCAACUCGCCCUUAGCAACACCCGGCAACGCCUAGCAACCAGGACAAAAUGGCGGCGGCGGCCAGUGGUAGUCACGUGACUAAAUUCUACUCUCUUUCCAACAUUAUAUCAAUUAUAAAAGACAAAUUCAAAGAAAAAUUCUUUAUUCUAAUUGAUUCCUGGGAUCGGUAUAUUCUGUUGAAGUAAUACAUAGUGAACUAUCAUAAUUUGUAUCCAUUGCACUGUCACAAUAUGCAUGAUAAAUUAUAUGGAAAUAUUUUGUAGUGCAAUCAUUGUUCCAGCCUAGAGUGCCUUCAAAUGAAUACAGAACGUACAUGCAAAUAUCAUGAUAACAGUUAAGAUUAGAGGCUAGGAAAGGAGUCAGGUACGUCAUUUAUGGAGUAAUCGGUAUCAUGACUUGAACUCUGGUUCAUUUUGUUUUAGUUACAUUACAACAAUGCACUAAUUUAACAAUAUGCAACCCAAUAGAAUGCAAUUUGCAAGAUAAGCGAGUAAGAAAUGAUUUUACUGGCUUAACAUUCUAAUUACAAUUCAUUGCUAUUUAUCAUAUCCAGGUAAUUAUCAUUCAAAGCUCAUAAAAAUGUUCUGAAUUUAUGUAACUAUUGUAAACAUGUACAAUUAAUAUUAUAUAUGAUAGCAUUUAUCGUUAUUCUAGACAGUCAAGAGAGGGAAAGAGGGAGAGAAAGAGAAUAUUGUACCUAUUCUGAAACAAUGGAACAUUUAAAACCGAAACGUCGGUGAUAAGUGACCAAAAGCGCCAGAUUUAACCGUUUGU